AUGGGGCUCAUCACAGGACUCUUUACUUUCUUGUACCACUUACCGCAGAUUUACAAAUGGCUGCUGAAGCCGUAUUAUAUCACCUCGGUCCUCAUGACCGUCGCCUUCCUGCUGGUCCGAAAGGCUCCCGGUUUGUGCGAGCACCUGGCGACCCAGCGGGAGGACGGGAACUCCUGCGACUUUGACUGGAGAGAGGUGGAGAUUCUCAUGUUCCUCAGUGCAAUAGUGAUGAUGAAGAACAGGAGAGCAAUCACACUGGAGCAGCACAUGGGCAACUUGUUCCUGUUCAGUAAAGUGGCCAACGUCAUCCUCUUCUUCAGGCUGGACAUUCGGCUCGGCAUCCUUUACCUUGCAUUGUGUGUUGCGUUCGUCAUGACCUGUAAGCCACCACUCUACAUGGGCCCCGAGUACAUAAAGUACUUCAGCGACAAGACCAUAGAUGAGGAGCUGCAGAGUGACAGUCGUAUCACCUGGAUUGUUGAAUUCUACGCCAACUGGUCCUCUGAGUGCCAGUCCUUCGCUCCCGUCUUUGCCGACCUUUCACUCAAGUACAACUGUGCUGGACUCAGGUUUGGGAAGGUGGACAUUGGACGCUAUGGAGAGGUUUCAGAGAGGUACAAGGUGAGUACCUCUCCUCUGGCUAAGCAGCUGCCCACACUGGUGCUUUUCCAAGGAGGGCGCGAACUUAUGAGACGUCCGAUGGUGGACAAUAAAGGCAGAGCAGUGUCUUGGACCUUCAAUGACGAGAACAUUAUCCGAGAGUUUAACCUCAACGAGCUCUUCCAAAAAUACAAGAAGCUGAACAAAAGUCGUGCUUUGAAAGAAGGGGAGCAGAACUACACUCAGCCAGAGGAGGGCAGCGACGAGCUCGAGCCUGAAACCAACAACCCGGAGCAGCCCACAGAGAGCAAGAAAGACCAGUGAAGUGGAGAGGAUGAUUCAGGGUUGAUGCUAGAAUGGAUGGUCCGAGGGAUGGGGAAAGGACCGUCAGAAAGGAUUUUGACUGCAGACGCAAAGCUUUUUCUAAUGUCAUUGCAUCUCAGCAAUAAGCGUUGAGUCCACAGCUCCACAUCCAGGGGUAUAUGGACUCUGGUGGAAACCUGACAGAGGGCUCACCACAGUCGGCACAGACCUCGCCGACUUCCCGCCCUCUCUCUGGUUCUCUGGCAUAAGAGCAGAUCAGGGUGGGUCAGUGGGGCCUGCCGGAGGCUGCUUAGGGGCUGUGGGAUAGAGCCAGGCAACUGAGAGUCAAGCCAGGGGUCUGUGCGCACACCAGGUGCCCAUUGCUUGCUGUCCUCCAGUGUCCAUGCACCCCUGGAUAUGGAGCCUCCAACACGCUUUCCUCUUCAGCCCCGGUAAAGCCUCCAGCAAGCCCCAGUGAUCCAGGCUGUGCUCUGCUCCUCCACCAGAGAACCAGGGGGAGAGCAGGGGAUCAGCAGAAUCCGUGUCCAGGCCCGUUAGCCCCCUGUCAGCGUUCCUCAACUGUCCAUAGACCCCUGGAUGUGGAGCAGUCUUUGUCAUUUGUGUUUUUUCAACAUUUUGUGUUCUAGCCAAUCACAGCACAGUAUGGCGGGACUUGUCCCUCCAGACCACCCAUUCUAGCAUCAGUCAUGAUUCAGAGAGGGGCCCCAAGUCUUUCUUUUCUUCUGACAUUGCCAUGCCUUACAUUAUUGCAAAACAUUAUGGAAUGAAAAGAGGAAAAUAGGUUUGACCACUACUAGAUGUCAUCUCUACACUAUGUCUUUACUGUGGCGAAUAAAUACCCAAAAAAGCUAGACCACAUUUCUCUGGUCUGAGUGGGUAUGAUGCCGUAUGGUGUGGACGCAGCUAUGCAUAAGCUAAGCGAUGACGUGGGGACAUUUUAUUACAUUUAUUAAGUUAUUUGAGGGGGAAAAAUGCCUUUUUUUGUAAUGAUUGUUUUUCAGCCACAUCUCAUCACUGCAUGUAAACCUUUGCUGCCUGUAUUUUGUGUGUUUACUGAUGUCUCAUGUUUCAAAACCAAAGUGAAGCUGAAAUUAAAAGUGUGACAAGUAAAGAUUCACAACACAUUGAA